AUGCAGCGCCUGGCCGAGCUCUUGCUCGCCGUCAGGGCGGCGGCCAACGCGAAGGAAGCCACCCCAAGCGAGUAUGCCACGCACCUGAAGGACACGGCGGAGGGGCUCAAGGCCAAGCUGGAGGACAGCUUUAGGCAGGUGCAGGCCCUGGAGGGGCGCAUCGAGGAGCUGCAGCAGGCGCUGCAGGCUCAGGAGCAGCUCGCUGCGAAGCUGGAGAUUGCAAUGGAGGUGCGGCUGUGA